GGCCCCACGCGCCCGGACCGGCCCUCGCCUCGCCGGGCCUCGCGCGCCCGGAUCACCGCGAUCUCCUCUCACAGCCGCCCUCCGGCCGGCCCUGCCAGCUGCGGCGCGAUGAAUGAUUUCGCAAUCAAGAACAUGGACCAAGUGGCCCCCGUCGCCAACAGUUUUCGAGGGACACUCAAGCGCCAGCCAGCCUUUGACACCUUUGACGGCUCUCUGUUCGCUAUGUUCCCCUCUCUCAGUGAAGAGCAGACACUCCAAGAAGUGCCCACGGGCUUGGAUUCCGUCUCCCAUGAUGCAGCCAGCUGUGAGCUGCCCUUGCUCACACCCUGCAGCAAGGCGGUGAUGAGCCAAGCCUUAAAAGCCACCUUCAGUGGUUUCCACAAGGAGCAGCGGCGUCUUGGCAUCCCCAAAAACCCCUGGCUCUGGAGCGAGCAGCAGGUGUGCCAGUGGCUACUCUGGGCCACCAACGAGUUCAGCCUGGUGAACGUGAACCUGCAGCGGUUUGGCAUGAACGGCCAGAUGCUGUGUAACCUCGGCAAGGAGCGUUUCCUGGAGCUGGCACCUGACUUUGUGGGUGACAUCCUCUGGGAACAUCUGGAGCAGAUGAUCAAAGAGAACCAAGAAAAGACAGAAGACCAAUAUGAAGAAAACUCACACCUCAACGCGGUUCCUCAUUGGAUCAGCAACAAUACUUUAGGCUUCGGCAUGGAACAGGCUCCAUAUGGAAUGCAGGCACAAAGCUACGCCAAAGACGGCCUCCUGGACAGCAUGUGCCCGCCCUCUGCGACGCCUGCAGCUCUUGGCUCCGAGCAGGAGUUCCAGAUGUUGCCCAAGUCUCGGCUCAAUACCGUCAGUGUCAAUUACUGUUCUGUCAGCCAGGACUUCCCUGGCGGCAACUUGAAUUUGCUCACCAACAGCUCUGGGAAACCCAAGGACCAUGACUCUCCAGAGAAUGGUGCGGACAGCUUCGAGAGCUCAGACUCGCUGCUGCGGUCCUGGAACAGCCAGUCAUCCCUGCUGGACGUACAGCGGGUGCCUUCCUUCGAGAGCUUCGAGGAAGACUGUAGCCAGCCCCUGUGCCUCAAUAAACCGACCAUGUCCUUCAAGGACUACAUCCAAGAGAGGAGCGACCCGGUUGAGCAAGGCAAACCGGUUAUUCCUGCGGCAGUACUGGCCGGCUUCACCGGAAGUGGACCGAUCCAGCUGUGGCAGUUCCUUCUGGAGCUGCUCUCCGACAAGUCCUGCCAGUCCUUUAUCAGCUGGACCGGGGACGGAUGGGAGUUCAAGCUGGCCGACCCUGAUGAGGUGGCCCGCCGAUGGGGAAAGAGGAAAAACAAGCCGAAGAUGAACUAUGAGAAGCUGAGCCGGGGCUUACGAUACUACUAUGACAAAAACAUCAUCCACAAGACGUCAGGCAAGCGCUACGUGUACCGCUUCGUGUGUGACCUGCAGAACUUGCUGGGGUUCACUCCUGAGGAACUGCAUGCCAUCCUGGGUGUCCAGCCUGAUACAGAAGACUGAGGUCCUCAGGACAACCCUGAGCUGGCCCCAGGCCCGGGGACUUGAGUGGGAAGCCUGUCCUGACCCACUGUUCCAAAGACCCAUGGGAGGGCAGGAUGAAACCCCUCUGGGAGUCGCCAAGCAGCAGCGGCCUUCUUUCAUCCCAUGCCUCUUCCACAAGGCCAACUCCCCAGGGGUGGAAGGUGGCAUGGCCUCUCCGCCCUGUAGCGAGACCUGGAAGGGAAGAGGCUCUGGGGAAGCCACGGCAGCACCGAGCAGGCUGUGUGCCGAUCACAGUCGUUACGGCUAUUUGAGAUGCUCCAGGGAGCCAGCACGGGAUGGACGCACAGACACUGAAAAACACUGUUUUUCCUUUGGCCCUUUGCCACCAGGAGUAGCAAACGCAGAAGCCGCCGCCUCUUGAGAGCCGGCUAGGCAGGUGGAGAGCAGCCAUGGCUCCAUUUGGGAAGUCAGUUUGUACAUAUUAUUGUAUCUUAUAAUGUCAGAAUCCGCCAACAGUUCUAUUUAACAGAAAUUGUAUAUUGUAUUUAAAGUAAUUAUAACUGUGUUUGAGUCAAGAAUGCGAUACCUGAUAGGUUAUCUUUUUUUUUUUUUUUCCACUAGCACAUAGAAACAUCAUCAUUUUACACAGAUUUAAUCUCUUAGGGGCCGACUGAGAGAAAUCAUAAUAUACUGUUUUCAUUUGAUUUUUUUUUUUCCAACAGGAAUGGGGUCGGAGGGAUGACCCCUGGUUUUUACUUUUGUUUUGUUUUGUUUUUGUUGUUAUUUUAGUUCUGACUUGCUCAUUAUCUGGCCAGGACUUUGUAUAUUGGGGUUUUUUAUAAGAAAUUUAAUGUUAUUAUUUUAGGGGGCCUCAGGCCUUUCCACUUCCUCCUGGACUGUAAAGUAAAGCUGUAAAGCAGUAUUUUUCUUGACAGAUGGCACGUGUUUUCCACUUCUGCAUGCCUUAAGUCGGUUUAUACACAAAUGUAUUUUAUUUUUUGGUGUAACUGUGUUUUCCAGGCAACCUCCCCUCCCCCCAGCCAGCAGGUUUUCCUUCCUUCGCCCCAAGGUAUUCUGUGUAACUACAAUAAGAAGACUAUUUUUGGAAAUAUAUGACUCCUUUUCAGAGAUCAGAAGGGAUUUAUGUAGCAGCUAUUUUUACUGCAGAAGUAACUCACUGGAAAAAAAUUGUAAUUUGUACGAAAGCUUUAUUUUUAUCUUCGCUCGUGUAAAGGGAAAUGUGUUGGGCAGGGCCGUCGGGAGGGAUCUUCCAUCAGCCUUGACCUUAAGUGAAGCAUGGCACUUCCCGUCUCGCUGACCUGCCGUGUUCCUCACCAUCUGGGUUGCAUGUUCUUCUCUCUGCUCCUCUGUGCCCUCAGAGAGUUUGCUCCUCUUAUUUACUUGGCUGUGGAUACCCAGAAGCACAGACAGGGCAAGCAAGGCGGGAAACGGCGUGGCGUGGGUUGUUUGAUGUUCUCAUCGGGGGGAGCGCUCACUCCGCCGUGAGACCUCACACUCUCAUCCAGUCGUUUUGGCGUCACCGGAGGACAGACUUUGCUAUUUGCCAGCAAGGUGGCCUCGGAGCCAGCAGGUGACACUGAUAAAGAGUCAUCAUACCACGAGACAACCUUGCAAUGGAUACAAGACCAGCUGGGACCUGUUGUGCCAGUCCUGGGAGUCUUAGCCUGCAAGCCCAGAAAGAAAAAAAAAAAAAUGCUUUGCAGUUAAGCAGAGGAUGCCUUUCAAGUGGGGCCUGUGUGUCCCUGGGAGACACAGACUGGGGACAUGCUCCUGUCCAAAGCUCAGUUAUCACUGCUGUUGAUAGCAGCUGAGCCACAUGAAAUUGCCACAUUUCGCCUGAGUUUUGUCUGCCGAGACGGUGGCUUUACACGGUUGAAUCUAACCGUUAUGGAAGUCCUUGGAAGUCUUUGGCAUUGUCUUAAGUAUAAAGGUUUUGUAAUUUGGCCUUUUCUUCCUCAAAUAAUAAAGUAUUUGGUUUAUGCCAAUGCCUCCUUGUAA